CCCAACACAAGCUGAACGUGCUCAAUCGUUGGCUCACUCUCGCAGCAGCAACAACAACAAACGUAAGGGCGCAAUUUUCGUCGUCAACGAAUUCGGUACAACUUUUUUUGAGGCGGGCUUUUCACCCAAAGGAAAGUGAUUAAGGUCAUAGAAAGUGACGUGGGAGGAUUCGUUGGGAAGUUAGGAACGUUUAUGGCUCAGAAUUUUCACGAAUCUGUCGUGCUGGAGUGCGUUUUGAAGUGAUUUUCUCAACGGUGUCGAUCGAAAACCUUGAACUAUACAAAAAGAGCAGUGAGUCCAAGUGGAAGGUACAGCUUGACUCGCCAACAAAGAAAGCACGGAGCAUGGUUGUGAUAAAGCGUGCAGCAGUGAUGUAAUAGAAGAACUCGUUCCGUUGUUGAAUAUCCUCAGUUAUUUUGGAACAUUUGGAAGAUUUGGAUUGGAGAGGCCUUCCCAUAAUGAGUUUGGCGCUCAAUUUCGAACGCAAGUGUCGCACCUGCGGUACAGAUAUCUUGGAACUGACAUGUGGAAUACCGAUCUUCGGCAGUGGACUUCAGCUGGACCAGAAAAUUCAUCGCUAUCUAGGGUUGAAUAUCUCACUGCACGAUGAUCUCCCGAAAUUUCUCUGCGCCACCUGUUUCAUCAAAGUCGAAAGCAUCGACAAGUUUGCCAUCCUGGCGAAGAAAACCGAGGAGGCCUACCUCGGUUGGUUCAAAUGCAUCCGUGCCAAUCUUGCCAAGCACAUUAGCCCCCUGCCACCACCGCUGGCUCCGGUGCGGCAGCUGCUCACUAUUCCUGGCCCGGGAUCUCCAACACCCGGGAUGUCGAUCACACCGAAAAUCGACUUUACCGCGCUCAAACAGGCCGUUGAUGAACAGAUCAAGCAGAACGAUGCCCCUCUGGGUACGGCCAUGAAUCCAAUCCGGUUGAUCAAGCCGGAGAUUUCGAUUGUUUCGUACAGCGAUCUGAAGUUGGGUCUGUUGAUCAAAGAUCAGGAGUUGCUCAAACUUAUCCUGAAGGCACUGCGUUGGGCUGAACACGAUCAGAGGGCCACGUUUGAGGUGCUGAUACAGCGAUUAAAGAAUACUACGUUCCGGGAAAUUCUGUCAAACCCGAACCUGUUGAAGGACAGUGAUCUUACUCAGUUAUUGAAGUCCUACAUUGGACAGGAAGCGUUCAACAAGUUUACUGGUGAAAAUGGAAACUGUUCGGCAGGAAGCAGCAUCGAUCUCAGCAAUAGAGGCGUAACCAUUAAACCGAUUGUCCACAUUUCACCGGUGAAAGCGAAUCCAGGUCAGCAGAGUUCAUGUUCAAUGGUUUUACCAAUUGUGAAGAAAGAGCGCAUACCGACCAAUGAAGAGAGUUUAACCCAAAUGGAAGUUGGAAUCGAUCCCAAUCUGUUUUUGGAUGACGAGGAAAGCCUGAGGAAAUCAAAACCGGUCGACAAGCAAAAUAUGGAAAAUGUCGUUACAAUUCAACUGGUUCCAGCAAAGAUGACUAGCAAACUACAUGAGAAAAAGAUACCACCGACGACACUGUCUUGUAAAGUUCGAAGCAUUGCGAGUUGUUCGAAUGCUGGAGCUAUCACAAACAAUGCAGAAUUGGAGUACAAAUCUGCAGCAAAACCUUUGAUCAAAUCAAAUAAUCCCCCAGUAGACAAAAAAGUUAUUAAAAUUCGCGUUAAGAAAAACAAGGAGAAAAUACAAGCAACGGCAUUACCCGUUCCUAUACCAGUGAAUCCCAUUUCGCUGCCGAUAUCAAUUCCACCGACAACGACGAUUACAAUGAUCCCUGUGAAGACCGCAGAAUUAAAGCCUGAAGAAGAAAAAGUCCUACCACAAGCCAACAGUCCACCACCGAUUCCUGCACUGAACUUGCAAAAACCAACUGAACCAGCAAAGGCUAAAAACGAAAAACCCAAGCGGAAACGUGAUGCCAAAUGGACCCUUAAACUUGGCGCCAACUCUGCCAAACGCACCAGGAGCCAGGCCGGUUCCAUCAAAGGCUCCAAACUGGUGUGCAACGUUUGCAAGAAACGUUUCCCAUCGAAGAGCAAACUAACAGCCCACAUGGAGUCACACCCGAAACCGAUUGAUAAAUACACUUGUGACAAGUGCGAUCGAGUGUUCAGAACGGCUGCGAAUCUAGCCAAACACAAGCAGUUUCACGGAGGGGAGAAGUUUUCCUGUGAUCACUGUCGCAAGGUUUAUGCCACGAGCAGCAUGCUGAAGACGCACAAGCUUAGCCAUAGCAAUGACCGGCCGCACAGGUGCACGAUCUGCGACAAGACGUUCAAACGGAAUCAGGAUUUGAAGUUUCAUCAGAACCAGCACACCGGAUCGCGCCCAUUCAAGUGUCCGCAGUGCCCGAAAUCGUUCGCCAGCUCGGGUAACUGCUUUUCCCACCGCAAACGCAUGCACCCAUCCGCAGCUGAGGAAAAGGAGAAUUCCCAAAAGGUCGGCCGAGUACAGUGAAUGUUUUAUUAAGAAGUGAAAUAGUUAUCUAUGAGUUAUCCCACUUUAGAAUUUCGACGUUGAAAUACCCAGCCACUGUGAUAAGAAGUACAAUUAAUGUAAAUAGUUUAUCCCGAAAUAAAAUCUGAACUCUAAUUUCGAUUGUUGAGAGACGCGCUUUGAUUUUAUUGGAUUAUUCUAAAGAAGUCUACAUAUUUCAACAUUGAAUAAUUUAUAAAUUGUGCAAACUCGUUACAUUCAUAAGAUUAUUUUUACGUGUGCGCAUUUGUUAAGGAAUAAAGUGAAAACGAAACAGCA